AUGUCAAUUCGACCUAUCGUGUACAUUCUCCCGGCCGACGUAAUACGCAUCCCGCCAGCCUAUGACCCAAGUCUGGAACUUUGCGCCGGAGACGAUCCUGUGUGGAUAAUCGACAUUCUUUCCUACGAGACAGGCCCUGUGGCGGAGUCUGGUGUGGCGAUACUGGCAGCCGGCAUCCUGUACCUGGCUGCUAUCACGCACGAUCCCACCGGCGGUCUUACCCUCGGAUCCUCCACUACAUUCUCCCCAUAUUCCUUGCUGCUUGAUCCUGCUGCUUCCGAUUGUCCCGACUCCAUUUCAGCCCCGCACAUAUCUUAA